AUGAGUCAUCUCAAGUCACACCAGAGGACCCACACCAGAGAAAAGCUGCUCCAGUGCACCACAUGUGGGAAGAGUUUCAAGACGAACGGGGAACUCACUGUCCAUCAGCGCACACACACAGGAGAUGAAACAUACAAGUGCUCAGACUGUGGAAAGGUCUUUAGUCAAAGGUCUCAUCUAAAGGUACACCAGAGGAUCCACACAGGAGAAAAGCCAUAUCAGUGUUCUGCAUGUGGGAAGAGUUUCAAGACUAGGUCAGAGGUCAACAACCAUCAGCGCACACAUACAGGAGACAAGCCUUAUCAGUGUUCUGACUGUGGAAAGGCCUUUAGUCGAACGUCUCAUCUAAAGGAACACCAGAGGAUCCACACAGGAGAAAAGCCGUAUCAGUGUACUACAUGUGGUAAGAGUUUCAUGACUAGGUCAAAGGUUAACGAACAUCAGCGCACACACACAGGAGAAAAAACAUACAAGUGUUCUGACUGUGGAAAGGUCUUUAGUCAAAGGUCUACUCUAAAGGUACACCAGAGGAUCCACACAGGAGAAAAGCCAUAUCAGUGUUCUGCAUGUGGGAAGAGUUUCAAGACUAGGUCAGACCUCGUCACACAUCAGCGCACACAUACUGGAGAAAAGCCUCAUCAGUGCUCUGACUGUGGAAAGGCCUUUAAUCGAAUGUCUCAUCUAAAGGAACACCAGAGGAUCCACACAGGAGAAAAGCCAUAUCAGUGUACUACAUGUGAGAAGAGUUUCAUGACUAGGUCAAAGGUUAACAAACAUCAGCGCACACACACAGGAGAAAAAACAUACAAGUGCUCAGACUGUGGAAAGGUCUUCAGUCAAAGGUCGACUCUAAAGGAACACCAGAGGAUCCACACAGGAGAAAAGCCAUAUCAGUGUUCUACAUGUGGGAAGAGUUUCAAGACUAGUUCGCAUCUCCAGUCACACCAGAGGGUCCACACAGGAGAAAAGCUGCACCAGUGCACCACAUGUGGGAAGAGUUUCAGGAGCAACUCGAAGGUCAACAUCCACCAGCGCACACAUACAGGAGAAAAGCCGUAUCAGUGCUCUGACUGUGGAAAGGCCUUUAAUCGAAUGUCUCAUCUAAAGGAACACCAGAUGAUCCACACAGGAGAAAAGCCAUAUCAGUGUUCUGCAUGUGGGAAGAGUUUCAAGACUAAGUCUAAUCUAAAGGUACACCAGAUGAUCCACACAGGAGAAAAGCCACAUCAGUGUUCUGCAUGUGGGAAGAGUUUCAAGACUAGGUCAGACCUCGGCACACAUCAACGCACACAUACAGGAGAAAAGCCUCAUCAGUGUUCUGACUGUGGAAAGGCCUUUACUCGAAGGUCUUCUUUAAUGAAUCACCAGAAAGCUCACAAAUGA